GCUUUUAGAAUAAAGCCUAUGUAAUUUGGCAGGUUAGUAAGUUUGUCACCCCUAUAAGUAGUUCUGAUGAGAUGCCGUACGCGUUUCCGCAAAGGGAGAUUCACUUGUCUUUCGCCCGGAUGUUUAUGCACGAAAAGUAUUAUUAGGGCGGCGAAUAUACAGUUAAUCGGGCACGACAGGGCGUGAAGUGGAUACGUAAGUGGUAUAUAUAUAGAGGUGUUUGGGAACAGUCUCCCUUCGCGACCGGAAGUGGCUUUCCUGUGCGAUCGGACGAUGAGACGCAUGACAGUGCCAUCCUCCUUGUGCCCCGUCUCCCUACCCUCGCCGUCUUGGUAGUGAGGUCAGUGCCAUAGCGAUGACUAGCACCCCAAGAGCGUAAGUCAGGUCACUUGAAAAUAGAGUAGAAGAGGAAUAGAAGAUAAAAAUGGUGGAGGAAUAGAGAAUAAGGAUGGGUGAAGAAGGGGAAAAAAUGCAAUCGCCGGCAACUCGCGUGAGAACCCGGCCGGGCCGCGAAGAAACGUGAAAAAUGCGACCGAAGUUGGUUGUCAGUCGAGCGUGUGCUUCGGUGCGACACGGACCGUGCGAAGGACGUGACGCCGAGUUCCGUCGCUCUUUUAAUUGUGACGAUUGGUGUGAUCUAAGAAGAGAAAAUUAUUCAGGUUUAUUGGGAGGGAAGAAGUACCGUUGCGUGUGUGUGGGCGCGCGCGAAUUCUGUGUAGUUUUGUGAUAUUUUUUUUAUUUGUAUACUUCGUUGGACGAAUAAGGAGGAGGAGGAGCAAGAGGCGUUAGAAGAAACACUUGGACUUCGAAUGUCUUUUUGACCUUCGCGUAACGAACAAAGUGUGCGUGCUGGAGGCCUGGGUGCGCGACCUGGGCGAGCAGAACGCGGUGUUGGUGGCCACGGUCGAGGAGCUGGAGCGGGAGGCGGGCGAGAGGGUUGCCCUGCUCGAGGACCGCCUCACGAAGAUGGCCACCACCACCAGGGAUUCGUGCCUGUCCCUUAGGGAUCAUCAGAUUCAGGUGUCCUCAUUGGUGGCAGACAAGAUGGGAUUAGAGAAAGAAGCCCAUGAACUUGGGGAAAAAGUGGUGGGACUUGAAAGGAAAACUUUAAGCCUCAAGGAGGAGAAUAAUAAUCUACAGAAUGACCUGAACAACCUCGUGCAGGUGAUUACACGUGCAAGACUUACAGGUCAGUGGGAGGCGGACAACCUGACUUUCUCAUGUGUCACACCAGAACAGGUGUUUGGUCCUGUCUUAUCUUCAUCCAGGAGGUCAUCUCAGUCACUGAAGGAGAGCCAACAUGACUACAUACAACACAUGCUGGAAGAGCACCUCAGGAAAGACAGCUCCUCCUUGAGAAGCUCACUCUCGAACCUUCAGGAUGGAGAUAGCAGCAUGUAUGGAGGCCGAGGGUCUGAGAAAGAAAUGGUAAUCAUGAAGCUGCGGUCUGACCUGCGGAGCCUUCAGUCUGCCCAAGAUGAAACCAACCAACAGCUUCUGGAGAGAGAUAAACAGAUAGCAGACUUACAGAUGCAACUGACAGAGCUCCACCAUGAACUUGCAUUGUCUCAGGCUGAAGUAAACAGUGUCAACCACACUCUGCAGGAAGUUCGUCACCGCAGCAGGCAUGAAACUGUUGAAAUUACUCGAAAGGAAGAAGUUGUUCGUCAGUUGCUAUCAAAGCAGACCAAAAAGGAUUCAGUUAGAGGUUCAUACACGUCCCUUUGUGAUCUCGAUUCAGUUAUUACAGGAGAUAACAAUGUGGAAUCGCAGCUGAGCGAAAACAUAGAUAUAUUGGCUGGGCGUCUGGCAGAGUUGGAGGAAGAGUGCACCCAGCUGCGAGAGGCACACACUGCCUUGAAGGACACACAUGCCCUCUGUGCCCCGACCAUUUCCAUGCUUCAAGAUCAGCUCGCCAGGUCACAUCAGAACCAAGUGGAGCUGCGUACAGUACUAACAGCUGAAGUGGCUGAGAGACACGACCAACUGGUGGCCCUUAGAGACAAGCUGAAAGAGGAAGAGCAGAGGCACCAUGAGACAAAGAUGCAGCUCCAACUCAAGACUGAGGUGGUUAAAGACCUGCGGAAGGAAGUACGAGAGUGUAAGGAGAGGCCUUUAGCUAAUAGUGGAAAGAGUGAUAUAAUUCAGCUGGAAGCUGCUGUACAAACCUCAGCUAAGGAAAUAAAAGUUGCUGAGACACAGACAGCAGAGGAGGUGAACCAUAUGGAUAAGGGCACAAGAGAGGGACCUGCAGUAAAUGGUUUUUGUUCACAAUCAUCCCAAGUGUCAAAACUGGAAAAUGAGUUGGCAGAGAAAAGUGUCCUUCUACGUGAGCUUCAAAGUCACUUGGCAGCGUCGCGUCAAGAGCUCCACCUUAAGGAUGAGACGCUCUCUAAGCUGGAAAAGAAGUUGGAUUCUGUACGUCGAGAAGGUGGACAUAAUGGAGAGAGGAUGCAGUAUCUUACAGGUCAGCUAACAAGUCUCCAGUUGGAAGUUGGGAGAACUCAUGGCCAGGCUGAACACCUUCGCAGACAGGUGGAGAAGAAGUCAGAGCUGAUUCAGAAGAUGGAGGCGGAGAACACAUCACUCUCCCAGCAACUGAAUGACAAAUCUCUAACAUUAGAAAGGUUCCAGUCAGAAGUUCUUAAAAUGUCUACUGAGCUUGAGAAAAAGAAGAAGGAGAUUGGAGAGCAGCGUCUGACCAUCAGCUCACUUCAGGAGGCACUUGUGACCAGCAAGAGGACUUGUGAUGACUUGCGUUCCCGGUUGGACAAUGAUAUCUUCGAGCUGUGUGAUGAUCUCUGUAAGCUUCAGUUGGAGGUGUCAGUGCGUGACGGCGAAGCGGAGAGACUCCAGAGAGAUCUGAAGGAGGCGCAGACUCUCCAUCACCACACCUUCACACAGCUGGUCGAGGCAGGGGCGCGGGCUGAGGUCCUGCAGGAGGAAAACCGAGUCCUCAGUCGCCGAGUGACGUCGCUGCUGGAGGACGUCGACGCGUGGCGAGGCAGGGCCGAGGAAGGGUCGAAGGACCUCAACCAGGCACAGAAGGAGUGCGAGCGCGUGAAGGGGGAGCGUGAUCAGCUUCAGCGCCAGCUUCAGGAAGGCGAUAGACGUCGCCAGGAACUCCUUAGCUCUCUCCAGUUGCUUCAGGGUCAGGUGCAGACGCUGGAGGAGGAGGUCACGGUGGCGACGGAGAGCAGGACGGAGGCAGAGCGGCGAGCGUCGGAAACCCAGCGUGACAACCUCGCUCUCCACGAUCGACUGGCAGCGCAGGAGACAAGCGGCAGCGUUGAGAGACUCGGCCGCCAGCUGGAGGACGCAGUGGCGGCCCUCACCAGCGCCCGCCAGGAGGCAGCGGCGAGGGCGGAGCAGGUCAGAAGGAGUCGCCAGGAGGUGGAGCAGCUGAACGAGACCCUUAGCUACGAGAAGCAGCUGAAUGCGUCUUUACAUGACCAGGUGGAAGGGCUGGUGAAGGAGGCAGGGGCCCUUGACGUGAAGGUGGCCGAUCACCAGCAGGAAAUCAGGAGACUAAACCGGGAGCUACACCAGAAGGAGAGGCAGAUGGCGUCGCUGCAGACCCAGUUGGACGGCGCGAGGAGCCAGCUCGCGUCGGUGGAGGAGCUGCUCGAGAAGAAGGCCGGGGAAAAUCAGCUUCUGCAGGAGACCCGCGCACAACUCAACGCGGCCAGGAGGGAGGCUGCCAGGGCGGAAGAGCAGGCCUCGAGCAGCAAGAAGGAACUCCAAGACGCCAAGGAGAAGAUCUCGCGGUUAGAACGGCACGCGAGGGAGACGGAGGAGGACCGCGAGAAGGAGGUGGCGGCGCUGGCGGAGCGUCUGACGUCAGCGCACGAGGACAGCGUGAGGCGCCUCGAGGACACUUUGCUCACUUACACGCGCGUGCAGGCUCAUGACGAACUGCAGGUGGAGAGUCUGGAGGAGGCGCUGGCGGAGGUGGGAGGGCGCCUGGGGCAGUGCGAAGUGCAGCUGCGAGAGAGCGAGCGAGAGAGGGACGGCCUGGCGAGGUCCCUGCAGCACGAGAUUACGAGGCGGGAGACGGAGGGCCAGGAGCACCACGCGCAGGUGGCUCGCCUCACGCAGGAGACCGCGCUUCUGAGGGCGCGCCUCGAGAGCGUAAAGGAAGAGACCCUGACGUGGCAGAGGCAAUGCGAGGACCUGGAGGAGCGUCAGAGCCUGGCCACGGACCCCUUAGCCGCCAGGGACCAACUUGCUUCCACCCUCCACCAGAUGGACAACCUCCGAGCAGCCCUGAGCGCGGCGAGGGCGGAGGCGAGGGCGGCGGAGGAGGAGAAAAGCUUGGCGCACGAACAGGUGCUCAGUCUCAUCCGGGAGUGUAACCGCCUCGAGGAAAAGAUCGAGGGGAUGACCAAGCAGAAGAUCAGGCUGGAGGAGGAACAGUCAAGCCUCAAGAAGGAGCUGGAGAUCUCAAGGAGCACCCCCGUUCCGACGAAGGACCCUGAGAAGGAGAGGGAAGAGAGUCUCCUGAAGGAGGAGGUCGCAAUGCUGAAGGAGCAGUUGGAAGCGACGAAGAAGCAGCUGAAAGAAGCAACUGAGGCAGACGGCAGCCAGCUGGGACAGAUGGAGAGCCAGCUGGGCGAACAGCAACUACGGGCGGAGUUGGCCACGGCAAGGCGAGAUGUCGGGGAACUGCGGCGCCUUCUGCUGGAGCGGGAGAGCGAGGCGAGGCUCAAUAUGCUCAAGGUCACCACGCUCCAGAGGACGCUGCAGGACCGACAGCACGAGGUAUCUGGUCUCGAGGAGAAGCUUCAGGAGGCACACGCAGACGCCCACAAGUACGAGGUGGAGGCCGAGGAGCAGCGUGCGCGGGCGGCGUCGCUGACCACCCAAAUCGCCCACGCCCACGCGACGGGCCAUGGCGCCGCCCACGCACGCCCUCAGACGCAGGAAGUUGAGGCACUCGAGGAUGAAGUAUCGAGGUUGAAGGGAGAGCUGGCAGCCAAGGCAGAGGAACUGAAGCAGGCUGGAGAAAGAGCUGAGAGAGAGGAGGCCAAGAUGAAGGAUAUGCAACAGGACGUAUGCAGGCUUACUCGGGCUCGGGACGAUGCAAUGAGGAAGGCGGCGUCGCUGGAGGCCUCCCUGGGCGAGAGCGAGGCGGUGGUGGAGGCGGCGCGGGCGGUCGAGCGCGUCUGGGGGUCGCAGCUGCAGGCCAUCGAGGAGGAGGUGUCGCGCCUGGCCUGCGAGAACGACCAGCUGAAGGAGUGCAACGCCGACCUGCAUCGCCAGUCUUCGGAGGCGCAGCAGGAGGGCGAGCAGCUGAGGGCGUCGCUGAGGUCGAGGGAGAGCCAGCUGCAGGAGCUGCAGCAGGCGAGGGAUCUGCUGGCUAAUGACGCGCAGGUGGUGGUGGCGGCGGUGAAACAGUGGCUUCACGAGCAGAAGACGACGAACCUCAAAAUGGCUGGAAAACUCCAUCAGACCAACAAGCAAGUGCUUCUGCUCAACACCGAGAAGCAGUUCUUGGCCGAGAGGAACACUUCCCUCCAGAGGCUCAAUCACGACCUCACGCUCCAGCUCCACGACCUCCGCGCUCGCCUCGGCCUCGCGCUCGCUCCCUCGCCCUCCGAGAGACCAGGUAAGGUGGGCGGCGUGCUCGUGGGCGGCCUGAGUUCCCCGCGAGUGAUCUCUCCCGUUGUGGGCGUGGCGUCACCCCGGCUUCCCUCGGCCACGCCCUCUCUCGACAGCGUCCUGGGAUUUGGCAACCACGCGGACUGCAAGCCUGAGGAUGGCCUGAGUACGUGCUCCUCGGGCAGCAGCAGCAGCAGCAGCGGGUGCCAAGUGCCCGGCCCCGACCUUCCCGGCUCCUUCCACCUCGAUCGACUGGCGUCCCUCGCCGACUCUCUCCUUGUCGCGUCCAGGAACAUCAGCAGGUCAUCGGGAUUCGAGUCCGGGUCGUGUCACGGCAAGGUCACCUCCGCCACGUCCCUCACUGACCUCGUGACCCUUGCGAGUCCAGGUCACGCAAGGUCGAGCCUCCACCACGGCAAGAAGUUCUCGUGCUCCACAGGGAAUCUCUCCAGCCUGUGCCCCGGACCCGCCGCCUCGCCCACCUCCAUAUACGCGCCCUACAGAGUGAGCGACAUCAGCUCCCUUCUGGCUUCCCCGGGACCCAAGGUCAUGAUGGCGGGGCGGGGCGCGGAGGUCAUCCUCGGGACGCCGGUGCGAGAGAGAAGGUCCUCGCACCAGAUGUUCCUCACGGACAGCAUCGAGGAGACCGAAGAGGAGACCUACUCGGUCCAGGACCUCGACGUGUCAAGGUCCUGGACGCCCUCCCGCCAAGCCCCCGAGCCUUCGAGUGGGUCCCAGGCCACCCAGACCUCCGUCCACGUCUCCGCCUGCACCCAGACCGGCAGCGAGUCCACGCAGGUCCAGACCUUGCAAGUCUUCCCAGGGGCGGCGACGGCAGACCAGGGGGAAUCCUCGGCGUGAGGCUGUCGGUCGGAGAUUGUAGAAGGAAAAGUUGAAUUCUGUCUUGGCAAAGGCAGGGUUCCGGCUGUGAGAAAACACACACACACACACACACACACACACACACACACACACACACACACACACACACACACACACACACACACACACACACACACACACACACACACACACACACACACACACAUAUAUACACACCUACACAACGCCAAGACUGUACGGUAUAUAAUAUGAAAUGAAUGCGGAAGAAUGCACUGUAUCGCAGAUAACCCGAAAUGCAAAGUUGUGAAGCAAUGGCGGAGUUCUGAAUUCGACACUGCUCUGUGAAAUGAUAUCGAGACGAUGAGGUUGAAGCCGAGACAGGCAAGGUCGGCCACGGUCGACGAGCCAUGGGGCUGUUUAGUACUUAACCGUCUAGAGUGAUUGUCAGCUGUUUCUGAAAGUAGCGAGGUAUCACAUACGCACCUUUACACGCAGAUACUUAGAUUCAGAUACUCUCUCUUACGCUGUCUGUGUCUGUCUCAGGCUCAGUAUGUCUCUGUCACUGUAUUUGUCUGCCUCUCUCUCUCUCUCUCUCUCUCUCUCUCUCUCUCUCUCUCUCUCUCUCUCUCUCUCCUCUCUCUCUCUCUCUCUCUCUCUCUCUCUCUCUCUCUCUCUCUCUCUCUCUCUAAGAUACACACUAGACGUACAUACUUCCACGUAUGUAAUUAAACGAAACAAUUACACUGCAUUCUAUUGGCCCUAUACAACAGCACGGUCCUGGGAGGGAAAUACAGGUAGCCGUUCGGUCCACUUCAGCGAAAUUUCCCAAGUUCAACCUUCUUCAUUUCUAACUCUUAAAAUAUUUAAGCCCCUUUGGUUUGUUUUCUUCUUUUUUGUCGUUUCUCACCUUUUGCUGAUAUCAGUUUGGUUGGAUCCUUGAAUGACCACGCAUGGUGCUCUCACAAUCCCGAAAAUCCAUGCAUGACACGGCGUUGCAACCUAGGUCAUAGGGGGGAUUGAUUAGCAAGUGCCCGCUGUUGAAUCCUCUUGCGUAUUCUUGCAGAGCUGCCAUUCUUUUCACUGCUUUAUAGUGUAGCUUUCUUAUUUAUUUACUUUCAUAAUUUCCUAGCUUGUGAUUCAACUCUCUCAUUCAUUUUAUUUUUAUUUUUCUUCUGAAGCUCUGCAAAAAAGCGAUUUUUUGUUAACUAGCAAUCUUAUUUAAACAAUUCUAUCUACUUUAGCUCUGUAACCCAGCUGCUGAAAUUGUCUAAGCCAUCUGUCUAAUUCAUUUAUUCCUAUCUCUCUUUUCUAGCUCUUCUGCCACGCUUCUCUAGCUCUGUAACUUGGUUUUAUGAUCCUGAUAACUAGUUUGUCCGUUCGUCCUCUGCUGCGAGUUUUCCCUAAUUGUUACCUCUGUUCACUCUUCCAUUGCUCUUGUCCAGUAACACACUAGCUGCUAACUUGCCUAACUAGCUCGACUAUUGUUUCAGCUUAUGUCAUCGAGUUUUAUAAUGCAGCUUUUGAUCUUUCUAACACACGCACGCACGCACACACGCACACACACACACACGCACGCACGCACACACGCACGCACACACACACACGCACGC